AUGGCGCUGCCCUUUGCAGGCAAGCACUGCGUCGUCGUCGGAGCCACCGGCGUCAUCGGGUCCUCCAUAGCAAAGGCAUUUUCCCACCAAGGCGCCGUCAUCUCUCUGCUCGGCCGCUCUGCCCUCGAUGCGCGCCCCCGUCUGGAGCCGCAGCUUCGUCCAUACAGCCUACCCGGGACCGAUACGGCCAUUGCCAUUCCCACAGCUCACCAGUUUAUUCGACUGGAUGCUUCGGAUCGGGAACAGAUUAAAGCAGUGUUUGAUGGCACGACCAUCGGACCCAUUGAUAUUCUCGUCAACUGUGCCGGUAUCUCCCAGACCACCCUACUGAAGCGAACGCCAGAUGAAGAGCUCUCAGCCAUCGUCGAUACAAACUUACUGGCCACUAUGCUUAUAUGCAAGCACGCAAAGAUGAGGCCAAACGGCUGCAUCAUCAACAUCUCUAGCCUCAUGGCUACAAAGGGUGGACUGGGGGCCACGGCUUAUGCUGCGUCCAAGGCCGGUGUAAUUGGCUUUACCCGUGCCUUAUGCCGUGAGAUGGCGUCUCGCUCUAUCCGUGUAAAUGCUCUGCUGCCCGGCUGGGUAAAUGGCUCCAUGUGGACUGGUAUGUAUAUCCUCCCCCCUAUAUCCUCUUCCAUAGACACACAAUGCUUGUUCCUCUUGUACCCAAGCUAA